CUAAUGACCAGCAAAGGCCAGUUGAAGCUGUUGACUGACGUCAUUGUGACGUCGUGCCAGACGGAAGUCGACGCAAAAUGGCGGACGGUUGGCCGGCGGAGUGACCCUGGAAGGAGCUGCGAAGUGGCGACGGUGACGGUGACGGUGACGGUGAAGGAUGGACGACGUAUCCCUGUCAGAUUCGGAGAGGGUGGCCGGGGAGAGGUGGGCCCCGGUGGGGGCUGUGGCGAGCCCCGAGGAGGAGGAGGAGGGCGGCGUGGCCGGAGCGGGCCUGGUGGGCGGUGCGGCGGUGACGGUGAUGGCGGAGAAGAUGCAGCGGCUGGAGGGCGAGCAGGAGCUGCUGAACACCUCGCUGCUCGCACUCACCUCGCACUUCGCCCAGGUGCAGUUCCGCCUCAAGCAGAUCGUCAAUGCGCAGAGCGACGAAAAGGAGCGGCUGCUGAAGGAGCUGGAGGAGUUCGCCUUCAAGGGCUGCCCGCAGCCCUUCGCUACCCGGGCACUGGAUGGACAACAGCUGGACAGUGCGUUCCAGGAGGUAUAAAUUACAAAGACCUUUGGAUCAAAGAAAAACAAGUACUGCAGAGUGAAAGGGAGAAACUUGAAAGACUCGAAGCCCAACGACAGAAACAGAGGGAACUGAUUAUACAACUGAAGACACAGUUGGAUGACUUGGAGACAUUUGCCUAUCAAGAGGGCAACUAUGAAUCCCUCCCACAGUCAAUUGUCCUAGAGCGCCAGCGGGUGAUCAUAGAUGAAUUGAUUAAGAAGCUAGAUGUGAACCUAAAUGAAGAUUUUAGCAAUUUGUCGCCAGAUGAACUCCGACAUCGUGUCGAUGCAGCAAUUGCUCAAAUAGUGAAUCCAGCAAGAGUGAAAGAACAGCUGGUGGACCAGCUUAAAACACAGAUUAAUGACCUUGAAAUGUUCAUCAAUUUUCUCCAGGGUGAAGUUGGCAGUCCACCCCAAAUUGAGAAUGGGAGGUGUACGUGUCCUGUGCAUGGAGCAAGUGGUUCCAAAGCAUCAAGUGCAAAAUUAUCAAGUGGAAGCCAUAACGUGGAUCCAGAAAUGGCAAGAAAAAUGAGGGCAACUGGGCUAAGCCUUAUGCGCAGAGCACUGGCAGUACUGCAGAUAUUUGCUGUUAGUCAGUUUGGGUGUGCAACUGGUCAGAUCCCACGUGGAUUGUGGCAGCCCGAUGAAGCUAACAAGGACUACAGUCCACUGCUACAGAAACUAGAAGGAGCUGUGGAUAAAGUAAAGCAGCUGGCAUUAAGUCAUCAAUCGGAAGAGCAUGUGAUUAGCAGCCGUGACCUUUAUCUUUGUAGGAAAAAUGAGCUUACAACUGCUGUUCGAAAGGAGUUGGCAAUCUCUCUCAGAGAUCUGAUGAGCCAUGGUUUGUAUGCUUCUUCUCAAGGAAUGAGUUUGGUUCUAGCUCCGAUUGCAUGUCUCCUUCCCUCAUUCACAGCAGCUCCGCAAACGAUACAUCCUUGGCAACUUUUUGUGAAAUACUACAAUACUAGAAAUGGCAGAGCCUUUGUAGAGUCUCCUGCUCGUAAACUCUCUCAAUCUUUUGCCUUGCCAGUGACUGGAAGUGGUGUUGUGACUCCUAAACAAAGUUUACUCUCUGCAGUUCACACUGUGCUUACUGAGCAUAGCCCCUACAAGCGCAGUGCAGAUUCAGAAUUUAAGGCCUUAGUAUGCAUGGCUUUGAAUGAACAGCGUUUGGUUUCCUGGAUAAACCUGAUCUGUAAAUCUGGAACACUUAUCCGGAAUCACUACCAGCCAUGGAGCUACAUGGCUUCAACUGGUUUUGAGAGCACACUCAAUAUUCUUAGUCGUCUUAGCAACCUGCACUUCAAUCUGCCAUUUGACACUGCUGUUCGACAAUUAAAAAAUAUCAAAGAUGCUUUUUAGUGUUUCCUGAUCUGUAUAUUUUAUUCAAAGCAUUCUAUUUUGUCCUAUUUAAGAUUAAUUUAAUAGUUAUAACUUCUUGCAAAUUAAACUAUGCUGCUCUUUUAUGAAUUUAAAACCUCAACUGAAUGUUUGAGGCAUGUUUGGAAAUGAUCAGAUCAUUUUUUUCCCCAGUGGUCAGUUACAGUUCUAUUUUAAUUCAAAUUUAAAUAGCGACAAGUAAGUUUUUAUAAAACUCGGGAAUUAAACAUUUAUAAAAUAUGGCAGAUUGCUCAUUGAUUAUAGCAUGUACUUCUGUAUAAUGUCGUCAGCAAAGUGUAAUGGGAUAAUACAAGGAAUGUGACAUUGGGUGAAGUGUAUAUAUUAUUGCAAGACUUAAUCAGUUUUAAUUUGAUCUACUAGAAAAGGGACAAUUCGUGAUUUUGGAAGGCAUGAUUGUGGAUGUUUUUUGUACUAACUUUCUAAACAAAAAUACUUGCAGCUGGAUGAAAGCUGACCACAGUUUUUCACAUUAUCUUUGUCAUCAUUUUUUAGCAGACAUUCCUCUGGCUAACUAUUAAUGUAAGCCAAGUUACCAUUGCUGCAAAUUGGCUAAGAGGUAAAAGACUGCAAGCUAUAGCCCCUGUGUUAGAAAAUCUUGUAGUUCUAAAGAAAAUAUUUUUGUGGGACAGCUUUUAUCAAGUUUAAUGGCAAAUAUAUUUUUCUCCAUCCUUGAUCUGUUGGCUAAUUUUUGCAUUUAAUUAUUUCCCAGUCUGCACAUCAGGGUUCAGCAUACAGGUAGCUGAGCUUUAGGUCCGUGAAAAGAUUUUUUUGAUACUGCUCUGACGUUGCUCUAAUGUAUCUCCCUUUUUUUUAAUUACAAAGAACCUGCCCUUAAGCAUAAUGUUUUAGCUUGUUACAUGGGAAAUUGCUGUUAAAACCCACACAUACCAUUGUGUUACAGCAUCUGCAAACUGUGCACCUAAUGUCUCGAGUGUUCCUAGUGAUCAUUCUGUAUUUUUGUCUUGCAUAUUAAUUUUGUACUGUUUGGAUAUUGUAUGAUGUGAUGUAACUGACUACUGUAAGUGCCCUGGGUUUGAUCCAGGGUGUGACAUUUUCUUUAAUUUCUCAAGUAUUAGUUGUUCUUGCUAUCGAGAACAUCUAUUAUAUGAUUGUUAUGAUCAGGUAGUUAAGUAAAUAUAAUUACCUAAGCUAUCUUAAAUUCAAAUCAUUUACUAGUUUAUACAUACUAAGAUGUAAUAUAUUCAAUUAAAUCAUAAUGAUGACCAACUAGGAGGUCAUGAGGUAAAUCUUGGAAAUCCACUUUCCACCUGGCUUCACUUUUUUGUUGAGGUUAUUAAUGUUAAUAUUGUGCUAUUGGUCAACACUAUUACAAUAUGUAGUAUUUGAAGCUAACAUGUUGGAUGAAACAUUUUGACAUCUGGGUCACUUUCUGUCUAAUAAUCCCAUUUUCUCUCUAAAUUAUUUUGCAAACUAUAUAUGUCUUAAUGUGUAAUUAAUCAUUUCAUCAUGAUACCAUUGAAAAUGGGAUCAGUUGCUCUGUUUAGCCUAUAAUUUGUGGCAAAUUGUCCUUGGAAUCCAGGUUGGUUUUGGAGAAAGGUCUACUAACUUGUGUGGAAACUUUCAAGGUCCUCGGUUAUGCUAAGAAAAAAAUAUGGAUCAGAACUAUUCCAUUCCUUUGAAACAUUUGAAAUGCACACUACACGAGAACACAGGAAUGCAAAAAUUCCUUGUAACAUGACAAUGCCUGGAAAAUUUUUCACAUCAGUCUUCAUUUUGAAAUGGGAGCAAAUCUUCAAUAAACAGUAAAUUGUUAUUUUCUUAUCUCAUAAAACAGAAAAGUAUGUUAUCUAUUUGUGUAAUCUGUGUUGUAGAAAGUUGAUAUUUUGAUCAAUAUGUCAAUUUGAUUUUCAUUCUGCUAAAGAUUUAAGCAAAGGAAAGGCUGGGACUGGUUUUCUAGAAUCAAACCAAAUUUGAUGCCUUUUGUGUAUUGUUCAGCAUUGGUACAACAAUCAUUGUUGGUUUGAUAAGAAUUCCUUUUGGCAUUUUUAAAGGUAAAGGUGACCAAUUUAGAAUGUAUUGCUACUUGUGCUGUCUUGUAUUGCUUAAUUCAAAUUACUGGAUAAUUUUUUUUAUUAUUCCCCAAAAUCGAUACACCUCCAAGUUACGAAGGAGUAUUUCUAACUUCUGCUGUCAAAAGCCAGAUUUUAUUCUCAAACUUCAUUAGUUCACGAGUGUAUUUGCCCUGGGGUUAAAAGAAGCUUUUUCAUAAAAAUAUCAAUCAGUUGUAUACUUUGCAUUAUUUUCCACUGAAAACCAUGGGAGACUUCACCCAGCUAUUUGACAUCCUCACGCUUGGAUAUUGGGUUGAUCUUUAAGCAGGUUUAAACAAGUUUGUAGAGUGUGGCAUUAAAUGUAGAGUCAAAUUCUACUUUAGUCCAGUAGUUAUGGGGAGCCUGCACCUGGAUGGUUAGGAUGUUGGGUUGCUUAUGAAUUGCUUGAAAUGAGAAUCAGUUCAUUCACUUUUAUUCAACUGCCCAUGGGUGGUUGUUCCCACUACUAUUGCAUUUCCCAUCUGACUGUGUUUAUUAACUUCAGUCAUUUGUGGUCACUUCAAAACAACAUCAUGCAAUUACUGCUGGCUGUGUUGGAUGUGCUUUCUGUCACCUGGUUAGAGAAGUAGUGUCCCUGCUAGUAUCAGCAGCAUUUGACAGAAGUAUGUGUUGGCUUUGGCUGUGUGGCUGCUGCACUAUGCAAUCCCUUAACCCCUUCCUUGCCUCCUCUCCCCCGCCAACCUCUGACAGUAGAACAGCAGGUUUGCAAUAUUGAUGUCCUUGGAAUGGUGAAAUUCACUCCCCAGAUAGUUGCUGCUUUUUUUUAAACACUAGUAAGAUAGUUAACCUUGGUGUUGUUUCUAUCAGAAGUUACUCCAGGUUGCCAUUCAGGUCCGUCUUGAUUUUUUUUUAUUUGUUUGCGGUAUCAUUAUGGAACAAUGGGGUUUUUGUUCAAGCUUCUGAUUCUGCAAGUAAGAGGUUACUGUAUUCAUGUCCUGAGACCAUUUUUUAUUUUGCAACUGACUGUCAGAGGCAGACAGAUUCAAAUCACCUGUGUUACAUUUUAAUCUGUGGUUGGCUUGUUAGAUGUAUGGAUUUUAUGGAGUGGUGCUGGCACUGAUCCUUGUUUAUACUGUAUUUUUUUUUUGCUGCUACUCUGACACACAAUUUAUAGGCUUAUACUUAAGGGAUGUCACUGAAGGAUUGCUGCCUUUUUGCUAAGAUAUAACAACAGGCCUCUAUCUGCUUGUUCAGAUUAUUGUUAAAGAUUCCUGGUGUUCAAACCAAUGUUUCCCACCAGUCAUCACCUCCAAAAGCGCAUUAACCAAUUGAGCAUCUCAUUUAAUGUUUGAAAGGAUUUGAUGUUACUGGUUCACCACACUUCAGCAAUUCAUGUUUGACGGGUGCCUGGGAUGUCAUUUUUGAUGAUACACAAUGCAGAUCUUCUUUCCAGAGAUGAAUGGAACCUUGAGGGGUUAUCCAGCUCAGUAAUGAAAGAUUGUCAAUUUCUGAAAUACUUUGAACUGAUCUAGUUGAUUACAAAUGCUAUAAUGCUGCUUGGGUAGAAAAAUAUCCUGUAUUUGCAUUAAAUCCUCAGCAUAUAGUUUUAUGGUCUGACAUUAUUUAGCAAUUUCAGUUGCAGUCCAUAGUUUUAAUCAGUAAAGUUUGUGUUUGGAACAAAAUAACUGAAAAUGCUGUAAAUAUACAGCAGAUCAGGCAGCACCUGGAGAUAAGAACACAUGAAGUGGGAGUAGGCCAGAAGAGUUCUUUGAGCCUGCUCUGCCAUUUACUUAGACAAUGGUUGCUUCUGUGGAUCAUCACCACACCCCCUGAUCCCCGAGUAUCUAAAAAAAAUCUAUCACAUCUAAUAAAGUUUCAGAUUGAUGAUCAAUAGCCUUUUGUGCUGACUGAUCAGAGUAUCUUCAUUGAUUUUUAUUGAAAUUUUCCAAAAUCUGCAUUAUUUUGCUUUGGUUUGAAACUAAGCAUUACACUAAACUUGUUACUUUUCAAAAACCCAAAAGGAAUAAAGUCUUUAUUUGUAAUUAAAUGGUAAACAAGUUCCACUUUGAUUGGUAUGAGAGAGGAAACCAAAUUUGGCUUGGUGUCAGACUGUGGUUGGGUUAUUAGGCCAUAUUGUGUAAUGUUACAAUACGUCAUUUUAGGUCUGUACUUCAGAUGGGAGGAAGAUUAUCAUCCUCAUAAAAUCCCAGGUUUUAAAAUUAUUGCUGUUUUUUUUAAUUGAAAGCCCUAAAGUUAAUAAUUACCAGCUCUCAUUUUCUGGUACUGGCUUUAGAAACUUAUUUUGGCUGCAUGACACGUCGAGAUAGCAUCAAGAGAUAUCUAUAACAUUUCUUUACUCACCAAAGGAUAAGUGACAAUUAUAUCAAAUGAACAGCACUGUCUUAUUUAAAUCUAACUUACGUGCUCAAUACAGGUAAUUUUUCUACAAAGGCCUUUUGGUAAUAUUUUCAUCCAGAAGAUAGUUUUGAUCUUGCAUUCCUUGAAAAUAGAACUAUUUGUGAAAUCACCAUGUCACAAAAUAUUGAUUAACAAGAUGGAGGGAGACCAAUUGACCACGCUGUAUCACUUGAAUAAACUUAAUUAAAUAUGAGCAAAGAAAUUAUCAUAUCUAGGUUAUUAAUUUCAGGAUGGUGAAAGCUGUGAAAUGUAAUUGUAUGUAUACAUAAAGUAAAUGUAUAUUUUGGGGUUUAUUGUAAAAUUAUGCAGUAGUGUAUCUGGCAUGAAUUAUAGUUGUAUGUCACAUUCUAAGUAUCAAAGUGUAACAAAUAAAAUUCUGAAUAUCCCAAUACUUGUAGUCAGAAUUUGUAUUACUGUAAUUACAAUGUUUAAUCUGUUUCUAUUUCAAAAGAAUAUAUUCGACACUAGGUGUGUCACUUUGCUCUGGUUGAAUACAGAUCUUCUGAAUUCAAAUCUCGUGAUACUUCCUUUCAUUUGAAAUGUCAGGUGGAAGACUGACACUUAAUACUCUCCACACUUUAAAUGAAAAGAAGUGUUGACCCAAAACGUUGACUGUUCCUUUCCCUCCAUAGAUGCUGCCUGACGCACUGAGUUUCUCCAGCACUUUUUUUUGUUGCUCCACACUUACAAUGCAUUGCAAAUCAAUUCCAAAAAUCUUUCGGCAAAAUUUACUGUAAAGUUGGCUUACAAAUGGCAGUGUUCACUGCAGGUUGUCUUUUAUAAAAGGGCACAC